GCUAAUCAAACUAGAAAAAUAAGAUAAUCAUGUGCCACCAGAAUAUAUAUAAAAAAGAACGAGCAGGCUGUUUCUAUUAUAGAAGUUCACGUGUUGGAGUAAGAGACUUAAACAUGACCAUGGGACACGGCUUGGUAUUAUAGUAUUAUUUAAUUAUACAGUCCGGAAUAAACAAGACUUGCAGAGUCCAACUCGAACACAUCUGCCUUUAUAUAAGGGCAUGUGUACACACGAUUUACACAUAAACAAUCCGGAGCUUCCGCGUCUUAAGACGAUCCAAAGCUUCCAAAGACACGGAAUAAAAAGAAGAAAGAGGUAGGAUCGACUUUUUAUAACAUAUUAGUUCAUACUUACUCUCGAUGAUGAUAUUUCUAUAAGUAUUAACUUCUAUGAUUUUACUAAAACCUUCAUUAGGUGCGAAGAAAACACAAAAGUCAUCUGCUGUUUCAGAGGGUCGAUCUGAAACUGGCAAAUCCAUAAGCACUAGCCCCGGCCACCAUGUCGAAUAAUCAUGUGCCUGUGAUCCAAAAGGGGGCUAAAAACGACCAGAGGUACAAUAGAUAAUGGUCACCAUCGCUGUUGCAGAUAUUGGUGUUGAACAUAUGAUUUUUUGCAAUAUGCCAGCUAUUUCCUUCCCAUGUUUGAAGUAAAGGGUUCACAUAGUGCCUUGCAGCAAAACCAAUUUGAGUUUAUAUUUAAAAUAUUUAUAUUAAGAGUCCAUACCACUUGCAGGGUCAUCUUGGGCAAAGAAGACAAAUUACCUGACAAAAACAAGCAAAUUAGAGUGGAAGACAACAACCGACAAGCUAGGACAAUGCAAAGUCAAUCUCCAAACCAAGCAAAAAAUAACAAGCGUCCAAAGUUAUUAAGCAUGAUGGGCAACCAGUCGGAUAUUCAUGUCCAACAAGACAGGCUACACAAUCAGAAUGAGAGGCUAUUCACAUGUGUAUAUACAUCCACGGCCGUUGUAGCUUGCCAGGAGAGUAAAAGGGUCAUCACAUAUUUAUUAUCUCUUCAAAUUCCUUUUGGUGGUAUAUGAAGAUCAAGUUUAACUCCUUUUAUCUUCAGGGAAUACCUAAUGAUCAUUCUACAAUAAACAAAGAGCAAGAAAGGUGCCCCCUUUAACGACAUAAUCAUGGCUGCUAGCCCUUGCCUGAUAUAAUGGACUAACAACUGCCAAAUAUAUUUGUUACAGGAUUUCAACGGGUCCAAAUAAACAAAAACCAAGAAAGAGGAACCAGAUAGUCCGUGGGAAUCAGAGCAACAAGCAUGCAAGGU